UACGCCACCUCCUCCAACCUCAGCCGGCACAAGCAGACCCACCGCAGCCUGGACAGCAAGAUGGCCAAGAAGUGACCCACCUGCGGCAAGGUCUACGUCUCCAUGCCGGCCAUGGCCAUGCACCUCCUCACCCACGACCUCAAGCACAAGUGCGAGGUGUGCGGCAAAGCCUUCAGCCGGCCCUGGCUGCUGCAGGGCCACAUGCGGUCGCACACCGGGGAGAAGCCCUUCGGCUGCUCCCACUGCGGGAAAGCCUUCGCCGACCGCUCCAACCUGCGCGCCCACAUGCAGACCCACUCCGCCUUCAAGCACUACAAGUGCAAGCAGUGCGAGAAGACCUUCGCCCUCAAGUCGUACCUCAACAAGCACUACGAGUCCGCCUGCUUCAAGGGCUCCGAACACAGCUGUGCAAUAGGGAACUAG